GCUUCCAGUGUAAACAUUUACUCUCCGCUUUCAAGGCUUAGAAGAGAUAAUCAGACGUUAUUAUCACAGCUAAAACAAGGCCAGAAUGACACUUGGGACGUUCUGAAAAGAAUGAGGUCGAUCGAUGAUUCAUUUGUCACAAGAACCGACGGUGAAUCGAGCUUUACUUAUCGCGGGGCUGACAGAACGCCUGCCAGCGUGACUCGAAGAACUGAUCAAGAGUCAACUAAGGCGGGUCAAACGAGCACUCCGAAAAACUUUCAACAAGCUUUGAUGUCCUGUGGAAAUGAUAGAAGAAACAGGACUUCUGUCGUGCCGGUGUCGAUUCUUUCCACUCCAGGAAACCGUAAGAAGGUCAGUGUU